AAAAACAAGGUUCCGAGUCCGCCGGGGAGUUCCGAUCCUUUGGUUCACCUUGUAACGUGACGUGUAACGCGUCGUGUUCCCAAUUCGUCCAUGCCAUGGAAUGUUGCGAUGCUGUCUGUCGACCGUCCGAGUGUUGGGCGGCGUCGACGGAGCUCAAAGAAUCAGGUUACUGUCUUCUGCUAGCGCCCAUGUCCAAGAAUGCUUGCCCCGCAGCACCGGGACUCAGAACAAGAGCAAGCGAUCUCUUAUGACAUCUGAAGAUCCUCGGGAGUCUGGCCCAUCCAAUAGCACUCGCGCCAUAAGUGCUCUCCGGAAAAUCCUGACGUCCUCUACCCUGCUUCCAGACCCUUCCAGGAGGCCGACACCCAAUACUAUUCAUUCAUUUUACAUCUCCGCAAAAGCACGGGGCCAAUUGUCGCAGCUCGACUCAGGAAUGCUUAGCGCUUUAAUUGGUCUUUUUGGGUCCUUGUCUGUUGACUCGACAAGAACAUGUGUGUAUACUAGUUCACUCCUUCCUUAUGUGAAAGAUAGUCCUGUAUCUCGCGACUACUGGGCAUUUGUGAAGGAGGUUGUAUCAUUAAAGCGCCAGAGGGGCAUGACACUGGCGCAUUCAGAUAGAUAUUGGAUGAUGCGAGCGGAGUUGGCGAGCCUUUCCUCCUCUAAAGACGGCCAGCCCGGUUACACGCACAAAUUUGAUCGCUAUCUGUUCCGCGCCCGAAAACAAUACCUCCACUUUUCUCGACACGUUUUCGAUCCAGAUGUUCACGUUCCAUAUUUAACAGUACUUUUGUCGAGCACGGACCCUCUUCACAAGCAGUGGGCCAUUGAUGCGAUAACCAGCAUCCUUCUCACUCAUCCCUUUCUUCAUGCGAAAGUUAUGAAAGUGUUGCUGGAGAUAGUUCAUGACACUGACACCGCGCUUUUGGAAUCUAUCCUGUCAGCCAUUUCAAUCCGGGUCACUCAUUUUCCGUCGCCGUGUGGGGGCACUGCGGGGGCUUCUAUAUCUGUACCUGUUGAUGCUACCGCUUUCACAUCCGCUCUUUCGUUGCUGCACGAGGCAUUUUCAUCCAACGUUCCACUAGUCCAUCGGCGAAGCAAUCUCCUUCUGUAUUCGCUGCUGUAUAGCUGCAACGGCAGUGGAAUUGCUAUUUCAUCGCUUGAUUUUCCUUUGGAUGGAUAUGCAUCCUUAUGGCAGACCCUGUUUGCCCUUGCGAUUCUCGAAGAGGUUACGCGAGCCGCGGGUCCAGCCCUUCUUCACGAUCGUGCUCUCCGCGGACGUAUUCAAGAGAUGAUACGUUCUCUUCAUGAGUCCUGGCUGCACCUCAUGUCCAAUGAAUCACCCCCCACCCUCAUUUCACGCGCUGUUACGACUUCUCUUUUUCGCCUCUCUGGUGCAGUAGUGGAUCCGAAGCUAUUUGCAGCGUGCCUGGAGUCGAGUAUAAACUUCGGACUUUGGACCGGCAAUUCUUCGGACACCGUAGAGGGACCCCAAUUAGCAGCAAUGGCAGCGAUGCAUCUUGCUACAUUGAUGCAAGUCCGUGGGUGCGGAGCGGAAUUCAUCAUGAAGACGUUGAGUUCCUACUCGACUGACGUGCAACACCAAAGUGUUGUAGUGUCUGCAGCUGUCAAGGACCUCAUUCAUCGUGACGUUGAGCUCGCCCACGCAUUGUACAACAUCGCUGUCCGCAGUGGGCGAGAUAUCGAUGUCGAUACCGCAUAUCUUCUAGCUAGGGCACUCCCACCUGCUCAUGCUGUGGGGUUUCUUAAGCAUGAACGAUUUUCUCGAAUACAAGUGGGAGGCCUCCUGAGCAGCAUUGCUCGUUUUCUCAAGGAGACGAGGCAUGAACAUUACGACACUGAUCUGAUCGAUGACAUUGGGAUUUCCCUCCGCAAACUCUACUCGAUCUCUCCUCCUCCCAUUCACUUCCGUGGGCAUCUUCAGCUUCUUCUAGCCGAGCUAUGCACUCGGGGCAGUGGGUUCCAGACUACGGCUAUUAUUGCUAACGUCAUCACAUUCUACCCGGCCUUCUUUCAAUUCUCGUUCUUGUUGCGGCUGGUUUGCCUCUUUUUGCGCCGCAGGCAAUUUCGCUGCGCGUUGCGAAUCCAGAAAAUUGUAGUUGGCACACACCGGGGAUGUGUUCCUAACCUUCGUCACAUGGUCAGUACACGCCUCGGUGCGACGGCUAGUGGACGCCUAUCCACGAAUAUUUUUAUCACAGGGCGCAAGUCGCAUACCCUAUUUCAAGGUGGCUGUUUCUGGGCAGCGGGGACUUUAUUCAAGAGCGGUAUGAGCAGUGGCCCGGUAUACAACAGAGUUCUGCAAGAUUUAAUAUACGCUAGGCGACCGCAUGCUGCAAAGGUCGCUUUUAGUCGUGUUGCAAGCAAGGUGGACACCAAAAGCCGGACGAUCCUAGGCAACACGCUUUUGCACGGUGUCGUUACACGUCCGGUCCCGAGAAACGGCAGGCGUGUCCGGAAGCUCUUGGGACUCCUCGAUAACCUCGUGAAGUACCAGCAGUUUGCGCCUGACAGGAUAACUGUCAAUAUCAUCCUGAAGGCGUUGAUAGUCUGGAGGACUGCAUUCGAUCAUCAACGUUUACGUGCGCUGUUCGACCACAUGGUUCGUGGUGGAUACCCCGCAGGGAUUCACUCUCCUUCCCAUCCGCCCUUCAGCACUCCGCUUCUGCGCACCAAUGAAGCACUCACGCUGUCGAAGCUUCCACCUUACAUAUCGUUUGAGAAGCAUGCGAAGCCGAUGCUCAAGAUGUUUAUCAAGGCAUUUUAUCUACGGAAUGAUGUAGAAGCUGCGCGUACGGUAGUAGAGAUUUUGAAGAUCGAGCAGAAGAAGGCUACAUUGCAGAGAGAGCGACGGUCAGUGGCACGUUUGAGAGGGUGGAUGGAGGCCGAAAAUAAUACGGGCCGCAGGGAUCACACGAGUCAUGUUCAUAAUGAUAGAUCAUAAUAGACUUUAGUUGCCGCUAUGGAGAGGAACUGUUGAAAAAAUCUCCACCUUUUAUUCAUCGCAUGUUACAAUCAGAGUGUGAUGUGACAUUUGCCAUAGGUGGUCGCUUAUGUGUGGCUGUGCAAGCUUGCUGUAUUACUUCAUUUUCA